AUGAACUUCUCUGGUGGAAACAAGGAAGGACUGGACAAGCAGUCUUAUACAAGUGUUCCCCCGGGGACACGAGAGGAGGAAAUUCAGAAUUCAGGGAACCUUGCCGUUAAGCAGCCCACUGUUCCAACUCUUAGUUCUGCCACCGCUUCUCCAGCGAACACAGCAGCGGGUGAGUUAAAUGACCCUCGCCCUCACAACACCGUCGCCUCUUCUGGUGCUGCCGGUUCUGUGGGACAUCUGCAGGUGGAGCGAAAACAAGAGUGCGAUGAUCAGCAACCAAUGAAAUCGCCUACGCCCUUAGAGGAGACCCUGAAUACUGUGACACAAUAUUUGGUUCAGAGGGACGAUCUUCCAACCAUUCCAUUGUUGCAACAGCAGGCACUGCUUUUAGGAGAGGUACCUGACUUAAAGGAAGUGCCAGAACCUUCACAAACGGUAUUUACGCCUCCGAAGGAAUACGGGGACGAAACGGGCCCGUGGGGAUCCUUUUUGAGUCUAAAGAAGGCCACUGGAGAGACAGUUUUUGGAAUGAUGUCUUUUUACGAUCAAGUUAUGAAGCUGCAGGUUACACAUGAGAAGGAGGCCGCAUCCUACCGAGAAGCUGCUGAACAUACGGUUAGCCAACAGCGUCAGACCAUUGAGGCACUCACUUCCGAGUGCAGGAUUUUACGUUCGAGAAAUGACCGUAUGAGGACCAUCAUUGAUAAAACAAAUCAACAACUCAAACAGUGGGAAAGCGAAAACAGCGAGCUAAAUAAAAAGCUAAGAGAAGUUGAACAGCGUUGCGCUCACGUUGAAGACCGCGCGGUAGUCGCGGAAUGUGGUCGGAAGAUGCUUGAACUGCGCCUCCGGGAAGUAGAAAUGUCGUUAAACUACAGCACAGAUGCAGUCAACAAGCUUAGAAAGAGCUUGAAUGAGGCGAACCGGGACAGGGAUCACGCCCUACAAGAACAGUAUAAUGUUUAUGAGGCAAACAGAAGGGAUAUGAUCGAGUUCUAUGAUAGACGCGAGAGGGAACUGGUUCACGAAUUUAACGAAACGGUGACUAAACUUCAAGAUAUAAUGUACAACGCCAUGAAGGCUCAUGAAGAUAAGUUGAGGGAGUGUUGGAAUGAUAUGCAGCGUCUUCAGCAAGAGAAACAUGAAGAGUCUAUCAAAGAGCUCAACAUACUGAGGGAAAAAGAAGAACGAGACUAUAACGCAAGAAUUUCACGGGUGGAGCAAGACAAUCAAAGGCGAUACGAACAGUAUCGUAGCGAGAUGGCACUUCUUGAGCAGCGUCAGAGGGAACGGGAAGAACACUUGUUGAUGGAUAUAUCGCAAAGGGAAAGGGAGCUUAGUGAAAGGGAGCAGCGGCUUCGCGUACAGCGGACACAGGAUGAACAAGACACGAAGAUAGCUUUAAUGGCUAAAGAGACGGAAGUGAAGACAUACUAUGAGAGACUAAUGGAAAACAUGCGGUCGGCGUUCGACAAGGAACGUGAGAAGAUGUGCACCUUCUUCCGGGAGCAGGUGCAGGAAAUAUCUCAGCUCCAUCUGGAAAAUGAACGGCAACUGGAACGGACGCACCGGGACAAAGAGAGAGAAAUGGCACAGCGAUAUCGUAUCGCGGGGUAUGAGGCUGAGGAUCGCAGAGGGAACGUGGAGCUUCGCGAUGUUUCCAUGGCGACCCAGUCUGCGCUCCUAUCAAAAUUUGACGCUAUCGAGGCACGGCAGCGCGAACGUGCAGAAAAGGCCCGUGCUGUAUUUCAAAAUCAACCCGAAUCGAAGUAA